AUUAUUAUUAUUACUAUUAUUAUUAAAACAAGGAGUUGCAACAGAACCCCAAGGGGUCUCCCUAGGUGCCUGUUAUCAAUCCCAUGACAAGGAGAGCACAAAGAUGUUAUUUCCCAGCCCCCCAAGUGCCAGAACCUCCAAAACUUUUCAGUUGGGUGCCACCUGGCUGAAAAGGUAUGUUGGGGGUAUCGUCAGACAUAACACUGAUGAUGGAACUCCUUCACUGGAGUUAUGUCGAUGAUGCUAGAUCUUGGCCCACACAUUCCUCCUUGGAGUUGUAACCCAAAAGAAGGGGGAAGGUGGUGUUGGAAAUAGAACCCAAUCCAGAGCUGGCAAUCUGUAUUUGGCUUGGUUGGCCUAGCAAAAGUCACUUCCAGUCUUCCUAAAACUGGGAUAUUCCUAAUUUUACCCAGCAGGUCCCAGCUUCUCCAGGGGUACCAUUAUUUAAGUGGGAGCAGGUGGGGAGUCGGGGGCGAAUAUCUCUCUCAGGUCAUCAGGCUGGUUGCUCUUUCGAUUUAACUGGCAACCUCAGCUCCUGGCACUCUGCUUUUCACUUCCUGUGGCUUCUUGAUAUGAAACAAGGGUAGGAGGCCCUUUCCUUUGCAAAAAGGCACGCAAGAACUACAUCUCCAAGCACUAAAAAUUCAAGAGGAGGCGCGAAGCCGCAGCCACAGCAGCCACCAUUCUUCAAGAAGAGAACCGGUGUCAGUAGGAGAACAUUAGAAGACCAGCUGCUGCAACACAAGACUGAUGAAAGUGCACAUCUUUGCCAGCCAAGAAAGGGAGGAUCAAAUGAAGUACAGUCUCUCUGGAUGCCAAGUCUUUGACACCAAACUUGACUUCCUAUCACAAGACUAAGUGGCCUCUGAUCUCUUGGAAGGGAGGAGAGAAGUGUUUCUAGCUGUAAAACAAAAUGGAUAACACAAUGCUCAGCACCACACAGUCUACCAAGGCUGUUGCAAACACCAGCUUGGAGUGCAGGCUUCAAGCGGAUUUCCAGUAUUCCCUCUUCACCAUCAUUUACAGCACCGUCUUUGUUCUGGGCCUCCUUGAAAAUGGAGCAGCCUUGUACCUUCUGAUCUCCAGGGUUUUAAAGAUCCCUCGGUCCUACAUCUACCUGGUUAAUUUAGCUGUAGUGGACACUCUCUUUGCUUGCGUCUUACCAUUCAAAGUUCAUUACCACUUCAACUACAACAACUGGAUCUUUGGAGAUGUGGCCUGCCGGAUUACCGGAUGUAUGUACUUCCUGAGCAUCUACCUCAGCAUUGCCUUCUUCACUUGCAUCUGCGUCGACCGCUAUGUGGCUGUCUUGCACCCCUUUGCAUACAGUAGAAUCAAAAGUGGCCACUAUGGGCUGGUGGCUGUGGUAAUCUGGGUGACUGCGUUGAGCAUCACUGGCCCACUGGUCCUCGGGGGACCCCUCCACUCCAAAGACAGCAACACAACAAUGUGCUUUGAGAACUUUGGGGCUACCAAUUCGACUGGCCGCAUGGUACCAUACAACAUCUGUGCACUGAUCUUUGGUUUUGUGAUUCCUUUUGCGGUCAUUCUGAUCACCUACCCUUUCAUUGCACGUCGGAUCUCACACAUACCUUGUGGUUCCCGCAGGAGGAAGGCCUUGGCCACCAUCUACCUCAUCCUCUUCAUCUGCACCACCUGCUUCCUACCCUACCAUCUCACCCACUUGCUGCACUUCCUGAUGCGGGUGAAGAUCAUCCAGAACUGUUCCUUUGCUGCUUUCAUUUACAAAAUGCGCCGGGUCACUUUGGCACUGGUCAGUUUCAACUGCUGCCUGAACCCCAUUUUGUACUAUUUCACCUCAGCUACCAGAAAAUGGCACUGGCCCAUUUGCUUCCGGAAGAGGACCAAGGUCUAUACCAUCUGCAGUGUCCAAGCGGAGAAGGAUUCAGUUGAACCAAGGCAGGGGGAGCGGUACAACCAGGUUGCAGAGGCGGCAAAGUUAGUGAGACCUAUCCAGACCUUUGCUGUACUUUAGCAGCAAUGGAAACUGAAUGGGGUUUCCAGUUUCAUGUAUCAUUUAUUGGAUUUUACACUCUUCAUUUCAGUAGCCUGAGCUUUUUUGAGAGAAGAACAGAUAGUAUGGAGGAGGAAGGGGAAAUGCUGCAGCGGCAUAGAUUCAAAACAGACGUUUCACAAAGUUUCUAACCCUUUGGCCUGUGAAGAUGUGGUUGAAAAGUGUUUGGGCACCGUCAACGGAAAUCUAAAAAGCUAAGUAGGGUUCCUCCAAAGAUCUAUUUUCCCUUUUGUCAUCUUCUGCCCAUAAAUAGAAACGAAAAGUGACACUGCUUUUUUCAUCCAGAAUUUGGAUGGGCUAAACUCAGAAUUUGUCAGAAUGAACUAGGAGAUAAGCAACCUGGUGUUCUCCUGGAACUUUUUGGGUAACUCCCAUCAUCCUUCUUGCCAGGCCAGCCAUGCUGGCUGGGUGUUCUAAUGCAGAGAAGUGUGCUAAUGCUAAUGAACAGUGCUGCGGAGUUGCACUGUGUUGCAACACAUGGAGUAUGACUACAAUGGCUUUCUAUAUGUUCAUGGAGGCCAGAAUAACCUGGUGUUAGCUUUAUUUUCUUCCCCAUCAAAUGCUUAAUUGAGCACUCUGAUGGAAGAUGUCUGCGACUGAACAUGGGACCUGCCCUGUGGUCCCUCCCUGCUCAGGAGAACCUACGGAGACUAUCGCAGUGCAAAGACCUAUAUUCAUAAAAUAAUCUUUUUCUAUCAGUGGGACAAUUAACAAUGAAAUGCAAGUAGGAGAUAGUAAGGCACCCACCAUGAGAGCAGUUAUGGAGUACAUCCAUAAACAGUGAUGGGCAAUACCACGGUUUGGACAAUUCUAACUUUAGUGCUUUAGCUGUAUAUCUUUAUUCUUUAGAAUCUUUAAUAGCUCUUUCAUAGCUGAGCUUCCCAUUCCUAGGCUUCUGAUUCCUUGGCUGCAGUCUCCACUCUGUUCAGUGUUUGAUACGAGAAAUCUUUAUUUUGAUUUCCUCAUCAUCUAGGUUGAAUUUAUGUACGUCCUCCAUGGCCAUUAUUGUUGCCUUCUUUAUUUCCAUCAUCUCCAGCCAGUAAAAGCCAAUGAUGGGAAUGAGAGUGGGUGUCCUAGCUGUGUUGAGUAACAUCUCCCGCUAUCUGUGUCAGCUUUAUCCCAUGGUCCUUUGGGUUGGGGACGAUGGGGGAUGUGGUCCAACACAGCUAGAGGUCAUCAGGCCAGGGAAGUUUGGUAUAAAUGCCAAGAAUUUAGAAACUAAAAUAUCUUUAUUUUUAGUAUUAUUACUUUAUAAAAUGUAUACACACACAGAUGCUUUAGCUAUGCAGGUAUUGACAGUGUUCUUUUAUGCUGUCUGAAGUCGUAACUGCUGAGAUCUUCCAAAGAUGCCCAGGGCUUAUGCUGUGAUUUGGGGCAGUGCCUUCUUCAGAAGGGAGGUCACAUAGCUACCCAUUUCUUCAUCCUGUACAGAGAAUCAGUAUUUUUAAAGUAUUAACAGAGUGCCUCUUCUUAAUGGACCUUUUUUUUGUCUCACUUCUUAUUGAGUUGUACAUCAGCUUUGGAAGCUUAUCUGUUCAGAGUUGCUUUAAGAUGCAAAAGUUUUAAAAACAAUUUUAUACGGUUGCUAGUCUUAAACUGUUGGAUAUUGAAAGUCUUCUUGUGUGUUGUUUAUACCAGAGUGGCGGCUUUGGGAGUGUUUUAACUUUAAUUCUGUGUUACUAGACUUUGUUCAUGACGUGUUACGUAAGCUGCUUCUUUAUCCUAAAGAGGCAGGCUAGAAAUCUUUACAAUAAAUAAUUAGUUUCAUUUCCUUACCUAA